CCGGUGGUCUCUUCCGUUGUUGCAUCCUUGCCUUGAGCUCACACCCACCACUGCGUGGGGCUUCCAAAGCCCUGGAAAGCCGCCUGCCUCCUGAGCCAGCAGGAGGGCGAACAGCCAGGAAAGGCAUCUCCGCGGGAGCAGGGAGGCUCCCUAGAUCCUUUAAAGGUCUAGGGAGAACUGCCCACAGAGAUUCGCUCCCCGAAAGGGUCCGCGACAACGCGGGGAGGACCACGUGAGCGUCGUGGCUUAGCUAUAAAAAUCCCCCGAUUGCACGAGUGUGGGGAGAGAGCACCGAGGCGAGACGCGGCCUCCCACGACACGAGAGACAAAUAGAACCUGAUACUCCUUUGUCAAUGCCCAGAGCUCUGAUGCUCCAGCCCUUAGGCGUGGGGUGUGGAGAAGCGUUGAACUUUGGGGGACUUGGCAAAGGCUUGCAGACGCCCGCGCGACUGGAUUCCCACAAACGCACAGAACUGGUUUGACCUUUAGGAGAGUUGGAGGAAGGAUAGCAGGAAUCUCAGGCAGAUCGAUCUCCUGUCCUUCACUGAGAGAGCAGCCUGGGGUUCUGGAGCGUGUCCUCCUAGGAAACCAAGAGGUCCCCGAACUGCCCCCAGCCCGCGCAUCUACACCGCAGCCGCCCUGUGAGCCGCUUCAUUUCUGAGAGUCCCGACGACUCCCGCCGCCUUCUCCUAAACUUUGACCUGCUCUGGUCGCCCGCCGGGUCCCCGACUCCCCGCUGCCCCCUCCUCCCACGGUGGGCUCAGGUGUGGACAUGGCUACGGGCUCCAGAAGCAGAGCGGGCUCUUCUCGGCGCAACCUGGCACCGCCCGCGUAGCAUCCUCCACGCUGACCUACCCCGCUGCGGCGCUGAGCCUCUGGCGGGAGCUAAGGCAGUACUCAGAGGUGUAGGAGGCGACAACUGAGGACCCGAGGGUCCCUAUGGCCGCUGCUCCCGGGCGGCUGCUGAGCGCUGAAGAGCUCGCCGGCUGCGCUCAGGGCUCCGAGCGACUCUGAGCUGCUGCGCCGGCGGACAUCGCCCUCGCGGGACCUCGGAGGGUCAAGGACCCGAAGAGCAGAGACGGUGGUGGCAGCUGAUCCUCCCUUCCACAGGGCAAUGUGGCCGGCCGGUGCGGGCACCAAGCAGCUCUGUGCCCGAGACUCCGCGCUCCGGCGGGCGGCGUUCUCGGGCAAUCUCACCGCCCUGCCUUCUCACCUAGUACCCGCCGGCCGCAGUGUCCGGGUCUUCAUCAGCGCCAACCCUGAAGAUACAGGAGCAGAACGGCAGGCACUAAGAGAAACUGUGUAUCCAAAACUUCGAGAAUUCUGCAGAGAAAACUAUGGGUUGGAAUUUCAGGUCAUAGAUCUGUACUGGGGAGUUGAGGAAGAUGAAUGGGACAGCCCCGAGCUGCAGAAGAUGCGCAUGAAGCUGCUGGAGGAGUGCUUGAAAAGUUCUGCAGGUCCAUGUUUUGUUGGGCUCCUAGGUGAGAAGUACGGGAACAUUCGAAUACCGGGGCAAGUUGAAGCUUCAGAGUUUGAAAUGAUUCUGGAUGCUGCUGUAGAGGCAAAACUGGAGACCAAGUUACUGGAAGAUUGGUACUGUCGGGACGAGAACUCGGUGCCAGCAGCCUAUUACCUCAGACCCAGACUAGAGGUGCCAAGAACCAACAAGAACUCAACACAGCCUUCUGCCACGGGUGAACAUGAGAGGCCAUGGCAAGAAAUAUCGGAUGAAAUCAAAACAAUAUUUAAAGCUGCUACCAAACUGCUGCAUGAACAGGGGAAAAUGAAGCUCAGCCAGGCUAAGAGGUACCUGUUCUCAGCUAUCGAGGAUGAGUUUGACUUUGCUCUGGGCAAGCAAACUCCAGCAUUCCUGAAGAAGUGUGUAUGCUACAUCAGGAAGAUUGCUAACAUCGAACGCUUCGUGAAAAUCCCAGAGAUGGGAAAAUACAUGGACAUAACCGGAACGGACCCAAGAAUCAUCCGUGACCCAGAAGCUCAAGAGAAGCUGAUAAAACUCAGGGAUGAAUUCAUUCCUACCAUCGUCGCAUCCUCUAAUCUGAGAGUGUACACGUCUGUCACUCACUGUGACAUGAAACUGGGCUAUUCCCAAGAGAUAGAGAACCAUUACAUAGAAGGACUUGGUAAGCAAUUUUAUGAAGACAUGAUUGAUAUAAUUCAGGCGACAGUCCAGCAGAACUUUGACACAGAGACUGAUACGCUGUAUGAUGAAAUCCUGCAGCACUCUUCACUAUGUAAAACAUACGCCUCCUUCUAUGAAUACAAAUGUGAAUCGCUAAACAUCUUGCAUAAAUACAUCCUUCCAAGCAAAACCGGGCAUAUCAAUCCUCUCAUUGUGUAUGGGGGACCAUGCACUGGGAAGACUCUACUGCUAGCUGAAGUAGCAAAAAAGGCUUAUGGCUGGCUACAUGAAGACACAGGGCCAGACUCUGACCCAGUUGUCAUUGUGAGAUUUCUAGGAACAACAGACAUGAGUAUUGAUCUGAGGACACUUCUUCUCAGUGUCUGUGAACAACUGGCAGUCAACUACCGGUGUCUGGUUCAAAGCUUUCCUAAGAAGAUCCACGACCUUCGAGACUUAUUUAUAAACCUGUUGAAUGAGUCUUCGCUUCAAAGACCUCUGGUGAUAAUAUUCGAUGCCCUAGAGCAGCUCUCAGAGACUGAUGAGGCUAGGAAGCUCUGGUGGCUACCUGCUCAUCUUCCCCGGUUUGUUCGGAUCAUCCUCUCCACACUGCCUAACAAACAUGGGAUCCUGCAGAAACUAAGGUGCCUUAUCCAUGAAGAAGACAACUACAUUGAGCUGAUUCCCCGGGACAGAAAGAUGUGCAGUCAGGUCCUCAAACACCAGUUGCUGAGGGUCAAAAGGAAGGUCACGUCAGGCCAGCAGAUUUAUGUGAAUAAUGCAUUCUCCAAGUGCACGCUGCCUAUGUUUGUGAACCUAACUUUCAGAGAGGUGAGACACUGGAGAUCCCACAAAGACGUCAAUGAAUCCUCCCUCUGUGUGACUGUCCAUGAAAGUAUAGAGCAGUUAUUCUGGUCCUUAGAGAAGAAGUGUGGUCAGAAACUGGUCUCCAGGGCUCUGGGUUACAUCACCAUGGCCAAAAUGGGUUUGAGUGAAAUGGAACUGGAGGAUGUGUUAGCUCUGGAUAACAGUGUUAUGAAUGAACUCAUUGAGAACACCAGACCUAGCAAUCCCCUGAGAGUACCUUACCUGUAUAUUGCAAGGCUCAAGGAGGGUCUCAAUGGCUACUUAAUAGAAAGGCACGUGAAGAAUGUCACACUCUUAGUCUGGGCCAACAGACACCUGCAGCUCAUAGCUCAGAAGCUGUAUCUACAAGAAGACAGCAACCUCCGUGAGAUGCACACAAUCCUGGCAGAUUACUUUCUAGGGGUGUGGUCAGGAGGCAGGAGGAAAGCUUUCUGCCUGGAAGACCCCUACUUGAAUGGCUGCCUCGACUUAGAGAACAGAAGUCUGCUUGAGGAAGAAAAGCACUUCAUAGAGCAAGCAUCCUUUGACAGGCAGGCCCCUGACCAACCCUGGGUUUUCCAGUGUAACCCACUAGAGCCUGACAUCUUUUUUGUCAAUCACCGGAAAAUGUCUGAGCUCUUGUAUCACCUGACCAGGUGUGGGAAAACCGAUGACCUACUUUAUGGAAUCAUCAUGAACUUCAGCUGGCUUUACACCAUGAUCAAAAUUGGCCAGUUUGACAAAGUGCUUGCAGACAUAGAACUGGCUUACAACUACUCACAGGAAAAGGAGCUGAAGUUCCUGGCCAGCACACUCCGUGGCAUCAGAAACAAGGUCAUUACAUUUCCAGGCUCCCUUUCAGCAGAGCUUCAGCAACGGCUGCUGCCUGUUGUGAGUUCCCUGCCCAAACUUAGGCACCUUCUUUUAGAAUGUGACAAAGAUGGACCCAAAUACUGCUCCAUUGUUCCUCUCCAUUCGUCCAUGGACGUGACAUACAGCCCUGAGCGUCUCCCCUUAGCAUCCAGCCACCUACAUGUCACAGAGAUCCUCCCUACCUGUAACCCAAGCACUGUUCUCACAGCUCUAGAAAACGGUUCCAUCAGCACCUGGGAUGUAGAAACUCGCCAGCUACUCCGGCAAAUCACUACAGCCCAGUCUGUUAUCCUAGGCAUGAAGCUCACCAGUGAUGAGAAGUACCUUGUGGUUGCUACAACAAACAACACCUUGCUGAUUUAUGACAAUGUCAAUUCCUGUCUCCUGUCUGAGGUGGAAAUCAAAGGGACCAAGCAUGGAAGCAGCCCCACCUACAUCAAUGGAUUUACACUCUCCAUCAACCAUGCCCUUGCAUGGCUAGAGGCCAGCAAAGAUGUCACUGUCAUUGAUUUGCUCUAUGGAUGGCCCCUUUACCAGUUCCACUGCUGGUAUGAGGUGACAUGCGUCCAAUGCUCCCUAGAUGGGGUGUAUGCUUUCUGUGGCCAGUACCUUAACAAUACCACCAUUUUCCACUUAGGGAGUGGAGAAAAAAUAUGUACAGUGACAUCAGAAUUUUCAGGUGGUUUUGUAAAGUUUCUUCUCAUCUUGGACACAGCUCAAGAGAUGGUCAUGAUUGACAGUGAGGGAAGCCUCUCCGUUUGGAAUACAGAGGACAUAUCCAGCCCCCAGCUGACUGAAGACUUUGACUGUCGGAAGGAAGACAGCGAAGUGGUGAGCAUUGAGCUUUCAGAGGACCAAAGUGCGAUUCUGAUCUGUAAAGCUCUCAGCAUUGAGCUCUUAGACACUGGCAUGUGGAAGGUAGCUGAAAAAUUCCGAGCCAGGCACAAUGAACGAUUUAUAUCUGCCGUGCUAUCCAAAAAUGGAGACUGUAUCAUUGCAACCAUGGAGAACACCCCAGCAGUAUUCUUCUGGAGGCGGGACACAGGACAGUGCAUGGCAAGCUUGAAGGAAAUCUCAGGUACCAUCGUUAAGCUGGUAAAAUCUAGUCACCACAAUAUGCUACUGUCUUUAUCAACCAGUGGCGUUCUUUCCAUUUGGGAUAUAGAUAUAAUCACAGCUAUGUCCAAUAUCGAUAAAACUGGGAAACCCAUCCAGAGUCUGGUGUUGCCUGCCAGGGGGGAAAUCAUUUACUCUCUCGAUGGCUCUGACUGUGUUCAUAAAUGGAACUUCAGCAGUGGGUUCAUUGAAGCGGUUUUUAAGCAUGAAGGAAUAGUCGAACACUGUGUGUUGACAUCCGCUGGGGACAUAAUGGUGACUUCAGACGACAAAAGUAGCCAGUACGUCUGGCACACCAGCAGUGGGGAAAACCUCUUCCGAAUUAAUGGGCAGAGGAUAUCUCAGCUGCUGAUCACCCAUAAUGACCAGUUUGUGGUCUCUCUUUGUGAGGAAAAUGCCUCCAGGGUUUGGAGGUUGGCCACAGGACACAGGGUCUGUAACAUCUUAACCACUUUGCAAAAUGCUUUCAUUACCUCUGCAAACACCUUCGUGGUAGGAAUGACGAAAAGCAAAGUGCUGGCCGUCAGCCUUUGGACAGGCAGUAUCACUAAGAAAUUCUGUUGUGAAGAUGGGAUCACCAUCGUGAAUUUUAAGUUGAUCCCCGACUGCCCUGACAUCAUCGUGUUCAUCACGUCAGCUGAGACCGUGAACCUCUGGAGCCUAACUGAUGAAGUGAUCUGUCGCCGCGUGCAGCUUCCAAGCAACUUCCUGAAAAACCUGGAGGAUUUUGAAAUUUCUCCCAAUGGGAAGCUAGGCAUUAUAUCCCGGGGAGAUGAAAAUAUUAAUGUGCUGGAUUUACACAGUGGAAAACUACGGGUGGUUCAUGCCUCUGGAGUCAUCUGGAGGCAGAGGCUCUCUCGAGAUGGUCGCUACCUGGUGUACAUUUGUUUCCAGAAUGGGGAGGAGGAGGAGGAAAACGAUACAGUAUCUAGCUUAAUUGUGAUGAGACUAGCUGAUGGCAAAAACAUCGGUGCUUGCUCACUAUAUAAAACACCAACUUUUCUGGCUCUUUCUCAGAGACACCUGAACAUCAUCGUUGGCUUUGAUGAUGGGAGUAUAGGGAUAUACACAGUUGUGGAUAGGGUAGAUGCUGCCCUGAAGAUCAAAAUUGCCACAUCGAAUAGCAGACAGAUUUUCAGCAAUGCAACGCAGACAUCCAGGCCAAAGUCGAACAGUUACUCCUUUAAAGUGUCUGUAGAUUGCUUAUGGCGAGAGUCCACUGAGGUCUUUGCAAGAGACAGCCCCAUUACCGUGAGUGACUCCUCUGAAUCCAAUGAGGCAACACCCUCCAAGAAACACAACUCUUGUUAUGACAGAGUGUGUGCUGCCCUAGAAUCUAGGAGCCACAGCUACACAUCAGAUAACUGACACGAUAUUUAUCCUACUCAGCUGAAGUACAUAAUCCAUGUAUAGCCGAAGGAAGCAAAGUGCAUCUUCUGCACACAAAUGAUGAGCUGUAUGUUUCUUAAAAGCCAGAAAGAUGCUGGAAUUCCUAGUUUACUAAUAUCCUCAUGAAAGGAAACAGAACUAUAAGACUCAACUUGGGUGCCAUCUUUUUGUCCAAAUGUAUUUGUAAAAUAGAGAACUCCCAGAAAGGAUGGUGAAAUGGCCAUUUCCCCUAGAAGAGAGAGAAUAAAAUUUCUUAAAUUUGCUGUAUAACAAGAAUCAGCACAACUCACCACAUUGAUUCAGAUGAGAGAAGCUAGAGUUAUAGGUAGACCAGUUGGACUAGAAUUAGUUCUACAGAAGCCAGUUGAAAUCAUGAUGGCAGAGAACUGUUUGACUCUGAGUGGGGGGUAUGACAGCAAAAUGCAGCCUUAAUAUCUCUUUACGUUUCUCGAUCUUGACAACUGUGUAAACACAAGAGGUCUAAUGGUGCAAAAUUGUGUAAGAAAGAUGUCCAGAUGUGUUUCAGUUUCCCAGGACAGCACACAAAACGUGUGAGAUGGUCAACAGACUGGGACAUGAACUAACUACCACUAUCACAGGGCUACUGACCGUGGAGAGUCAGUCUUCAUUAAAACACAUUCACAAUGACUGCAUGCAAGGGUUUCUGUGCAAUGGGAUAUAUAAUUUUUAAACUGUUUCUUUCAUGGGUUGCAAAAGAACCUGACUUACUAAGAAACCACAAUCUUUUCACACAUUUUCUUGAGUUGCAUUAUUUGUGCUGAGUAUAAAGAAUUAUGGAAAGGGCAUUACAAGUUUGAUCAAAACAUCUGUUUAUUCCCUUCAUUGUACUAACAAGAGUCCAUACUCUUCAGUUAGUUGUUAGGGAGCCUAAUGUUUCCCAGACCCCUGCAGUAUCUUAAUAGAAAGCAAACUUUUUAAACACGCCGUCUCUGAAACACUGGUGAUAUUGCCUUAUUCUCGUUAUGCCUCUCUCCUGUGUAAAAUGCAGAUAAAGACCAAAUACUCUGGGACAAACUGAAUAUGCCUGUCUCCGUGCUAAAAUAUUCCAUAUAUCUUAAGGGUCCAAAGGUUCCUAUGAUCCCUGUUUGUGAUCACUUUCUUACUUCCACACACCAUGUGUACACUUCUUCAUCUCUUACGCUCCCAGACUGAGGACUUUCCCAGUCUUACCAAUUUCAAAGUUGAAACUAUGAAAUGGCAUAUUUAAAAAAUAAAUGACUUCACCAAUUUGAAGGAAAAUACAUCUCAGAAGGUGAAGGUGAAUUUCUUCCUUCCGAGUCCUUCACUUGGCAUGUCCUGGAAGACCUCCCAAGGGGAUCAGGUGGUCGUGAUUGGUUUGAUUUUUCUCUCAAAGUGAAACGUACUUAAAUCAGAACCUUGAACAAAGAACCAGCUUAUUUUCAUCCUGGCUCUGCUUGGGACUCGGCACACACCUAUAGCCUGACCUCUAGCCUCACCAAGUGUAUUGCUUUUGUGGACUGCAAAAUGAAGAAGAUGACAGGUUCUGCUAGAGCCUGUAAACCUGACGGGGAUGCCAGGGAGUAAUAAGAGAAAAACAUUACACAGUGCCAUCUUGAUUGCUGAUACAUUGGGAAAAGGAAAAUUAUCUAAACUCGUAGAGAAUCCAGUUGUGUUCCACUGGUGAAAGGAUUUAACAUGUAAGCAUUCGAAGGUGUUGUUCAGAUAUCAACAACCUUCUCCAUGGUGAAACACCUUUUUUCAGUGUGUUCCUCCUAGUUUAGCCACCAGCCUGUAGGUGAGAGCCCUUGGAGGGUUAAGAUCUAUAUACACAUGAUCUGGAGUCCAUACUUUUAGCUCUUUAGUCAACACAUUCUUAUUCCUGUCAUUAUCAACUGAACAUCCAUGCCAUACAUUUCUAAGAAUUAAAUGCCUAGGUGAAUUACACGUAGUGUGUGAGUGUUCUGUGUAAAAACCACUAGAGUUGUAACAAGUGACUUGAAUGUUUUUUUUUUCCUAACAUGUUUGCAACUGAUAGCUCGUAUUGAAUGUUUUUAUGUAAACUUUGUAUUGUUGGGAUGAACUUCCCAAUCAGAGAUUUAUAUUUUCGUAAAUGUUACAUUUAGUUAAAAUUUUGUUACAGAGUUGUUACACUAGACAAUUAUUUCAGUGUUCAAACAAUAUACAGUCUUGUGUAUGUAUCAUUUGUAUGAAUAAAAGAUGAGCUACUUAAA